AUGGAACCCAUAGCUGAGAAUUCAAAGGAGGCAAUCUCCCUUCACAACUUCAAUAGCAACAAUGAUGCCUUUAUCAAUCAUCCUAUAAACACAUCCACAAACCCACGUUCUAAUGGCUCAUUACACUUGCACCCACAUUCAAAAUCCCCUUCAAACAUCAACUCAAAGAAUCCUACAACAACCAGGUUCUCAGGCAGAGACUCAACUGGCGCUCUUAUUGUAGAUCCCCUACCAAACUCUCCUCCUCCUUCUCAGCCUAUUCAUAGUUCAAACCAAAAAAAUACUCAUUAUAUCCCAACUAACCAUGGUAGCAGAAAUGAUUCCUACAAUGAUGUAGGCAAAGACAUGUUUAAAGUAAGAGCAAGAACCUCUGAUGUCAAAUCAAUCAAAUCAGACUUCUCCGAUUUCUCAAACUUGAAUGAUGAUAACAAGUCUGUUAGUUCAUUCCAUGGUGCUGAAAUCAACUCUGAGACUGGAGAACCCGAAUUCAUUUAUAAACCUUCUCCUAAGAGCUUAAUUUACGAACAAGAAAAAAGAAGAAAACAAAAAUUAAAACUAAAACUAAAAGAAAAAGAAAAACUCCUCAAACUAAAUGAAAGUUCAAAGAAUACAAGAGACAACUUCUUGUCCAAUCAAAGCUCAAAUCAAAAUAUCCAAAAAUUUCGUAAAUAUAAGAAAAAACCCGAAAUAAAAGAUUUAAGAGAGAGUGAUAGUGGCUCCUUGUUAGACGAGGAAGUAUACAACGUAAGAGAAUCUCGUCGCCACAAUCCUUCUCGUCAUCAUCGUCAUUCUUCAAAAUCUAAAAGACAUUCAAUGCUUUCAAAUUAUGUCGAUGAAACUGAAGACUCUGAAAGUUUUGCUCUUCCUGGUGAAUAUGGCCCCCCUGUAUUCCCCACAAAUAACAAGAAAGCUUUUUCUCCUAAAAUCGAUUCUUCAAGAUUAAAUAACCCCAAUUUCCCAAAUAACCAACUCCCUUUCGAUCCAUAUCAAAAUCAAAAUCAAAAUCAAAAUUUUAUUCCAAACCAACCUCAAAUGAAUCCUAUGAAUCCCAUCGGCCAAAUGAAUCCCAUGAACCCAAUGAGUCAACCAAUGAACCCCAUGCAAAAUCAAAUACCUUUUCAAGUUCCUGGUGCUUUUGUUGAUCAAAAUAAUGCAAUGUAUAAUCCUUCUCUUGUUGGUCCCCAACAAACUGCUGCUUUGUAUCAAAACCUUUUGAACCAGCAAAGAUUUGCAAAUCAAAUGAAUGAACCUUACCAACUCGAUGAAAGAGAGGAAAAACUAAAAGAAAAAGCUGCAAUGCUAAGCGCUUUAGCUACUUCAAAGACUCAACAAAAAUUGCAAAAGGAGUUCCAAAAGGAUCUUCACGACUUGAAAGCAAUGAUCAAGUAUUUAAAAGAAAAGGAAACUGCUCCAAGAUAUGGUGCUUUUGGUGCCGCUGGUUGGGGUGGUGUCAUGCCUCCAGUGCCUCCAAAACUUAAAAUGUCUGAUGGCAAGAAAUCUGUCGAUGCCGACAAAGCAAAAGCGCUGGAUCCUGCUCCUCCUAAAAAAGAAGAAAAGGAAGAAGACAAAAAACCAAAAGAACCAAUUAAAGUCUAUUCUGCUGAUGAUCCAAUUUCUCCUGCUUAUCAAUUUCCCUUUGAAUCUGCUGUGAAUUGGUCCUCAUUUUUACUGCUUUUGCAAAGAGCUUUUUCUGAUCAUAAAGCCCAGUUGAAUGAUGGAAAAUUUAACUUAUUCUUAAAAGAAUCAGGAACCAUGAUCUUACCUAUUCAUUGGAGUCAGUCUAUCGAGCCUGGCAUAUCUGUAUCUAUCAAAUUUCCUCCUGUUAAAAAAGAGAUUAAAAAAAUUGAGGGUACCAUUGUAAAUCCUCCAAUGCCUCCAAAACCCAAGGGUCUCUUUCUGUUUGGCAGAAAGGAAAAUAAAUUACCUCCACCAGUUAUGGGAGGUGGUCUUGGUGGUCUUGAUGGUCCUCGUGGGUUGCCCUUAAAAAUAGAAAGCAAACAAACCAAGUUUCUUGCAUGGGCUACUGAAGCUGAUAAGACUUGA